GUCACCCAGGUUGCCUUCAUCCGUCCCGUCACCCGAAGGACUUCGCGUCGGACCGCCUGGGUCGGAUCUCUGGGUGUCUCCAGUAGCGGGAUGAGACCGACGUAGUGAUUAAAAAAUAAAAGGAGCAUCUCCUCCUCCGUCUUUUCUCUUCUCCAGAAGCGGAGCUUAGCUUCCUACUCUACCUACCGGCGGAGAUAUGAGGAACCCACUGGCCGAUUUAGCCCUGACAUUCUGGCUGUUUCUAGAGUGUGUAGAAGCAAAAAAGUAUUGCUGGUAUUUUGAAGGCGGAUACCCCAUCUACUUCAUAUGUCGCUCCUAUGAGGACUGCUGUGGGACUCGCUGCUGUGUGAGAGCCCUCUCCAUCCAGAGACUAUGGUAUUUCUGGGUGCUGCUGAUGAUGGGAGUGCUGUUCUGCUGUGGUGCUGGUUUCUUCAUCCGCAGAAGGAUGUAUCCGUCCCCUCUGAGAGACGAGCCCGCGUUCAACGUCUCCUUCACCAGGCACCCUGUUACCACACCAGUCUCCCAGCAGCCAGGAAGUAUGCAGGGAUUCGGGGUCAACGGGAUGACAGGUGGUGACCCAGGGGUUACCAUGACACACCCGGCGUACGCGGCACAGCCUGGCUCCGCCCACAUGAUGAUGGCCUCCUAUCCCCCUCCUCCGUCCUACUGCAACCACCCACCGCCGCCCUACGAACAAAUAUUUCAAAACAGCGAUAAGAAGUAAUGUCUGCAAGGCACAAAGGAGAUCGAACUUGACAAGGCAAGAGGGACGGAGGGAAGGAUGCAGGGAAGGAUUUCGGACGUAAAACUUGGAAAACACACACACACACACAUACGUUUCAUCUGGAGUGUUUAAUUUACUCUUGGUUUAUGUGGAUCUAUGUGUACAGUGACCGUACCAGCCUCGUUGAACUGAGGACAGGUGAAGGUUUUGGAUUCACCCACUGUCACCUCCCUCCUCCACCCUCCCAGUGCAACUACAGCCAUAACUGUGCGAAGUGAAUCAGAAAACGCCUGUCAAAGUCGUAAUGUAUUAAAAUGCUGGAUAUAUGAUUUUUAAUUGAAAGUAAUUAUAAAAAAAAAAUAAAAAAAAAAGACACUGAUAUACAGUGUCGGUUCUUAAAACCAGUCCCAAGGAUGACACCAACUUAUUUUCCAUCCAGCAUUUUACUGCACCCUGAGCUUUUUACUAAAUGAUGAGUUCUCGAUACAUUUUUAAUCACAGUAUGUGUAGUCCAGUUAUGUAAUGACAUAAUGAGCAGCCACAGCAGUCACUGGCUCAUUCUCCUUUUAGCAGCAAUGAAGGCUUUUAGUUGAAUCAGACAUUGUCAGUGACGCAGAGAUGGAAAAAUAGUUGAUGGUACCUGGUUCUUGCCUCUCGCCCGUAGUCAGCUGGGAUAGACUCCUGCU